AGGCUCUGAACUAUCUGUAAUUCCGUACCAAGAAACGAAAAGAGAAAAAUAUAUAUAAUUUUAAGAAUUCCAAGGGGAAACAGCAUUUUUUCUUACACCCCUGGCUUCCCUCGGAGUGAGAAAAUACGGGAACCAGAGAAUAAAAAAGGACGCCCUCCGACGUACAAGAUAUUAUGGUUGAAAUACCAAUAGAUGGAAGGAUUACGUAUGCAACAGAACAUCUUGCUGGCAAUUUAGCCAAGUAGAAACUUUAACCUAACGUUUGUCUUUCUUCCCCCAAUUUUUUUCCUGGGGUGAAACUGUAAAGAAAAAUCCAGAUGGCAACCGAAAAGGAAGCAGGAGGGGACGGCACACAUUGUUAAUUUCUUUAUUUUGCUUUAUUUCGAAGGUCUGUUAUACACUCUGUUAUACAGCUGCUCUCUCUCAGUGUUUAAAAGCAUGGACGCGAAGUGGGAGUGGCUUUGCGGAGUAAAUUCCUCGUACAUCACAGAGUCCCAAGACCGCUGGUACGAAGAUAUCCGUAACAACACAUGUAAGGUGGAUGGUCUGGUGACCAUCCCUCACGCCGCCUUCCUUCUCCUAUCGUCAGUCGUUCUUCUCGUCUUGGGAUGCUGCACCAGCUACCGCCGGAUCCACACCAAGUACCUCCUGAUCUAUCCAGGGCACAGCCUGAGAUGGCUGAUAUCAGUCCUGCUACUCGUUGUGAUUCUUGCCUCCAUUGGUGAAGGUAUCAUGACUGAUGAGACUUACCGGGCCUGGAGCCAGCCCACUCAACCUCAUCUAUACAUUCACAGCAUUGUGGCUUUCGUUGCAGUCGUGAUGUCUCUGGUUUAUUAUCAGCACAUGGAGCUAUGGCAAGUACCAACGAUGUCCAUACUACUUCUGGUCUACUGGGUGUUCACGCUAUGUAAUGAGGUCCUCCGUAUAUUGAGCUUGGAGUACCAAGGGCACAUCGACGUAAAUGUUGUGAUCUUCGACUUGACCAUCAUCAAGCUCGCCAUUUACCUCGUCUUGAUACUUGUAGAAUUGAAUGUCAUCAGAACAAAGCUCCUUGGGUUAUACUACAAAGAGGCCGAGUUUCCAGAGGACCUCAAGCGACCUGACAUGCUGUACAUGCAUUACUACGUCAACCUGUUCUCGUCCCUGAUGUACUGGUGGCUCAACUGGGUCCUCGUGCUGGGUUACAAGAAGUCCCUCGAGCUUAGCGACCUGGGCACGCUGCCCGAUCAGCACGAGGCGGAGCACAACCACCAAGAGUUCAAAAAGGUUUUUUUGCAAGAACUGGAGAAGGCUAAACAGAAGGGAAAGAAACCGUUCCUGGGCAAAAUCUACGCCAAGGUGUACGGCCGGCGGAUGAUGGCAGCGGCAGUUCUCAAACUGAUCGGGGAGGUGUUCGGCUUUGUCAAUCCCGUGGCAGUAGGGGCUCUGACGGCUUACACGAUAACCUUGAAGUCCCCUCCAGAAUCAGAGCCGGACCCCGCCCAUUACGUCUAUGCAGAGGAGUUCUUCAAGAACGGUUUCGUGCUGGUGUUUGUCAUGCUGCUGUCAUCCAUGGUCAACUUCUUCUGCUUGCAGACACAUUACUACUUCUGCAUCAUGGAAGGGGUCAAAGUUCGUGCGGCAAUUCAGGCCAUGGUUUACGAGAAGUCGCUUCGCUUAUCCACUGUGGCCACGACGGGCGGCAAGAUGAACAUAGGUCAGAUCACGAACCACAUGUCGGUCGACCCCAACGCCAUCCAAAUUAUGUUCCAGAACUUCAACAACCUGUGGUGCAUUCCAAUACAGCUCAUCAUCAACUUGGUUUUGCUGUACCUGGAGAUGGGCUACGCUGCUCUGAUUGGUGCGAGCGUCUUUCUGGUGCUCAGCCCUGUCCAGUUCAAAAUCGCCACCAUGAUCAGCAAGAGGCAGAAACAGAUGCUGGGCUGCUCCGAUGAACGCCUGAAGAAAACCAACGAGUUGCUUCAAGGGAUUAAGCUGCUGAAGCUGUACGCUUGGGAAGGACUCUACGGCAAGGCCAUUGAGGCCAUCAGAAGAAGGGAACUCGGAUAUCUACUCAAGAUCAACGUCCUCUUUAUCACAACAAUUCUGUUGACCUCUGCAUCUCCAGUGCUCGUAAAUGUGGUGGGUUUCGGGACUUACAACGCCCUCACCGGCAAGCCCUUGACCCCGGAAGUGACCUUUGCUGCGCUGUCCUUGUUCAACAUGCUGACCAUGCCCCUCCUGAUCCUACCCAUGUCCCUGCUGUACCUUGUCAACGGGCUGGUCAGCGGGAAGCGCGUCUUGGGCUUCCUGCUGGCCCCGGAAAUAGAGAACAACAACGGCCAGGCAUUGGAGCGUCCUCAGGGCGCCGCCGCUCAUCAUGGUGGAAUUGACGAUGUCACCGUGGGUUUUAAGAAACUGUCAGACCAAGUGACCAUCACCAGCAGCGCCAGCGAGCUAGAGGACGAGCAGUUCCACAGCUCUUCCGAAAGAACCAGUUUGCUGAACGGCAAAGUCACCAAGAAGAGGAAGUCGGCGAGGAACGCCAAGUAUGGAGCAGCAGGGCCUAAGGAGAAGCAUACCGUGGACGGGCCAGGAGGGCGCUUGAAGCACGGAGUCGCCAUAAAGAUAUCUCACGGAACCUACAAAUGGGAUGAAGAUUCCGAAACGAAGACACUUUCGGAUAUCAACGUUGAGAUCCCGGAAGGCAAGCUGACGAUUGUUAUUGGUGCUGUUGGCAGCGGGAAAUCCUCUCUUCUAGCGGCCAUGCUUGGUGAAAUGACGACCUCAUCUGGCUUUGUGCAAGUCAAAGAUGGUACUCAGAUAGCUUUGGCAGCCCAGAAACCUUGGCUGCUGAAUGCUAGCCUUCAGAAUAACAUACUGUUCUCCGAUGAACUUGAGGUCAAAAGGUAUAAACGCGUCAUUGACGCAUGCUCCUUGAAGCCAGACAUUGACAUCCUACCGGCUGGGGAUCAGACUGAGAUUGGAGAGAAGGGAAUCAACUUGAGCGGAGGACAGAAGCAACGAGUCAGCGUGGCUAGGGCUAUGUACUCUAAUAGGAAUAUCGUCAUUCUGGACGAUCCGCUGUCUGCACUGGACGUUCACGUUGGUCGCCAUCUUUUCCAGAACGGCAUAAUUAAACUGCUUGUCCAUCGAAAGCAGACGGUGAUCCUGGUCACCCAUCAGCUGCAGUACCUGAAUCGGGCAGAUUUGAUCGUUGAGAUGAAAGACGGUCGGAUAGCCGCCCAGGGGACGCUAGACGACAUCAUCACGGCGGACCCCGACAUGUACAGCGAGUACAACCAGGCGGUCCGAGCGGCCACGGAAUCUGAGGCCGAAGGCGAGCUGUCCGGCUACGAGUCGGAGGCCACCAGGGAGGAGCGACUCCGUCUUCAGCGGCAAGUCAAGAGCAAAACGCUGCAGUCAAAACAGUUGCCAAAAGUGGGAGAGACCCCUGAGCCCGGCGCUCUGAUUGAGAGGGAGGAGAUGGAACGAGGCUCGGUCUCCUACGUCGUGUACCUGUACUACGCUAGGAACGUCGGGUGGCUCCUGGUCGCUCUGCUGGCCUUCUGGGCGUUGGUUGACGCCGGCUUGGGCAUCGGUACCAACUUCUGGCUGUCGGCCUGGUCGGAAGCGGGACUAGGAAAUGAGACCGACGGAUUGACGGACGAGUACUUCCCUGUCUUUGUGGGUUUCUCCGUGUCCACUCUGACGGCUAGAGUGUUUUCUAUGAUAUCGCUGGUAGCUGCCAUGCUGACCGCAGCGAGACGUCUCCAUGAAAAAGUCCUGCGAAACAUCAUCAAAGUGCCGCUCAGGUUUUUCGACAUGACUCCUAUCGGGCGUGUUCUGAACCGUUUCUCAAAUGAUAUGCAACUCAUUGAUAUCAGAUUUACACAAACCAUUAACAUGUUGGUGAACACUGUGCUGAGGGUCACGUCGGCUGUGGUAGUCAACGCCAUCGUUAUGCCUAUUUUCCUCGCGUUUUUCGUACCCGUUGCCAUUGGGUUUUACAUCCUCCAGAGGUUCUUCCUGGCGUCGUCUAGAGAACUGCAACGGCUGGACAGCAUCAGCAAGUCGCCUGUCUUCGCCUAUUUCUCUGAAAGUCUUGGAGGGCUGAUGACCAUUCGAGCCUAUAAGGCUGGCGAGCGAUUUUACAACACCGUCAUUGAACGAAUCAACACGAAUCUGGCAGCAUUCUUGUAUCUCCAGGUAGCAACCCGCUGGCUUGGCCUCCGGCUAGACUUUGUUGCUGCUACACUCGUUUUUCUGGCUGGAAUGAUAACGCUAGUGGGCGCCAUCACAAUCGAUCUGGAUCCAAGCCUCGUUGGACUAGCUGUCUCAUACUCACUUCAGGUGGCCACGUUUUUGAACAUGGUCGUGAGAGCCAUUGCUGAGCUGGAGAUUCAGAUGAACGCUGUGGAGCGAAUCAAGCACUACACCUUUGAAGAGAACGAGCCAUACGAUGGUACCGAGCCACCUGCUUACUGGCCUCAGCGCGGCCACAUCGAACUGCUACACGUCUCGGCGCGUUACGCCAAAAACACUGACCCAGUCUUGAAUGAUGUCUCCGUGAAAUUCAGAGCCGGGGAAAAGGUUGGCGUUUGUGGACGAACUGGGGCCGGCAAAUCUUCCCUCACACUCGCUUUGCUUCGUGUUAUUGACAUCUUUGACGGUACCAUCCUGAUUGAUGGCGUAGACAUCAUGACUGUGCCUUUGACAACUCUGAGGAGCAAAAUAUCAAUCAUACCUCAAGAUCCUGUUCUUUUUACAGGGACAAUAAGGAAGAAUCUUGACCCGAUAGCCCAUAUUACCAACGAUGAGGAGUUGUGGUCCGCUUUAGAAAUUGCUCAACUCAAAGACGUCGUGACUGCAUUGGAUAGCGGUCUAGAUUCUGAGGUGACUGAGGGUGGAGAGAAUUUCAGCGUGGGUCAGCGGCAGCUGUUCUGUCUGGCUCGCGCAUUCCUGCGCAAGUCUCGUAUCCUCAUCAUGGACGAGGCUACCGCCUCCAUCGACUUAGAGACGGACAAGAUUCUACAAAACGUUGUGGCCACAGCUUUUGCUGAUCGAACUGUACUAACCAUUGCGCAUCGCAUCACCACCAUCUUGAACUCGGACAACAUUCUGGUCCUCGAUGAAGGAGGAAUAGCUGAGUACGGAGCUCCUAGCGCCCUCAUUGAAAAGGGGGGGCUGUUUGCAUCCUUCGUCAGGGACAAAGACAACUAAUCCCUAAGGGAAAUGCACCAAGUGUACUUUUUUCCCCUCUGAAUUUGAGGAAGGACUGUAUUGUUACAAACAAUACAGCUUAAAUUAUCUAUUUCUGAAAUAAAAUUCACACUCAACUGGCUAGAAGCAAACAUUUUUCAAAAUGACAUACAUGUAUUUUGAUACACGAAAACUAAAGACAGAAAUAAUCGAACCAAAUCUUGCCUGGAGGUAAAAUCAUGCGCUGAAAGCGACUCUGACACCGUCUUGUUAUUUGACCAUCGUUAGGUAAGAAACGUUUCCAAUUUUAGAUUUAGCAUAACAUCUUUCCUUAACUUACAAGCGUAGAGACACAAACUAGAAUAGUUUACUUAAAUAAGAGUUCAUGUGAAUUUUUUCUGGUUACAAGUUUGCCUUUCCAUAUAUUUUUCCUACUUAAAACCGUCACAAAGAAUGUCUUCAAUUAUUAACGCCAUUAUGUUUUCCUCUUUUUGCAUCUGACCUUGUGUAAUACGUAGCGUUAUCAUGUUCUUUUGUUUAAAACACUAGUAGCGCAUAGUGGAGAGAGCAUCAUUUGGAUUGUAAAUGAGUAGCGAAAAAUAGCGAUUGACACACGACCAAAGACAAAUUGCGAGCAAAAAUGUUAUCAGUCCAAGCUUUUAGUGAAACUCAUGCUUGCGUGUUUUCUGAUUCAAGCAUAAUUUCCGCACAAUGUCAGUUAAAUAAGUUGUUUUCUGAUCUCCGAGCGCGCUUUUUUUUCUGUUACAGGGGCAUAAACUCCAAAGGGCAAAGUGGAAGGAUGAUGAAGUCCCAUAUUUUCGAAAUUUGAAAAGUGUACGGGGUUGAAGGCUGUUAUUACAUGCUACCUGUUCAUCUUUAUAAUAUCUUUAUCGGCGGAAGAGCGUUCCAUCCCGCAGUUCAAAUUUAGUAAGGAGAUAUAGCCAUAUCUCAAAGGGAUCGACGCCUUUGGCUUUUGAGACAUUUCAGUUUGAUCGUAGAUAAAAAAAAUGCAUGAAAGGUAGCUUUCAGUUCUCUCAUUCAGUUCACCGUAAAUUAUGGCUGUAUCGAGGGCAGUGUGCUAUUCCUUCAGCGAUUUUUUCCGGAUCUAUUCACAGCAGCUGUCAUUUCUGUUUUUGACGAUAUUUCUAAUCGACGUCCUCCUCAGUUCGAUUUCUCGUCCUGCUCCCUGUGUUCUAUAUAAAUAUCCUCCUUAAAAGCAGGAUGUCAUGGUGCGUAUAUUCGAAACACGUGGAGACAGGAAGUAAAGGAAAGACUGUCCGUCGGGAGAAUGCAAAAUACCCCUCUGAGUUUUGUAGACUGUAAUUCCUUUUAGCGGAUUUGAAUCCAUUUUUAUUGUUUUCUAUUCCAGUCAUGAGAGACCUUCUGUGGGUCUCUCUGUCAACAAAGUAAAAGGUUACAUUUUCCACUAAGGACUGAAGAGAAAAAUUUAGACUGUUCCAUUUGUGUAAACUCUGACUUUCAAUUUAAAAGCUCUCUGUGAGUGCACCAGGAUAUCGGUGGAUUUUCACAAUUAGUCUUACUUCUUUACAAGAUGACAGAGAGAUUAGAUUUCGUCUUUCCUAACUUCUCUUUCAAUGUCUUCGUCAAAGACGCGGAAAUUGGAGUGGCCUUGCAUGGGACGUCUUCUUGAGGAAUGUAAAAUUAUGCAUGUGAUUUUCGGGAGUUUUUUAGCCAAUAAAUGGA